AUAAAGAGAUAAACCUCUCUCUCAAGUCUCAACACUCCAAAAGCAAAAGUAAAAGGGCGAAAGAGAGAAGAAAAAGAGCAAAGAGGAGAAGAAGGAUUUUUGAAGAUGCAGAGGACGCUUGAGAGCCAGCAAUCUAUGCAGUCGGGCCAGAUUUCUGGGAGCCUUAGCUUCAACGGCACUCUCACCAAGGAAGACGAGGAGAUGUCCAAAUCCGCUCUUUCCACUUUCAGAGCCAAGGAGGAGGAAAUUGAGAAGAAGAAGAUGGAAGUUAAGGAGAAAGUUCAAGCUCAGCUCGGCAGAAUUGAAGAAGAAACCAAGCGUUUGGCCGUCAUUCGUGAGGAAUUAGAUGCCCUCUCAGAUCCAAUGAAGAAGGAAGUCUCGGGUGUUCGCAAGAAAAUCGACUCUAUUAACAAAGAAUUAAAGCCAUUGGGGCAGACAUGCCAGAAGAAGGAGAGGGAGUACAAAGAAGCUCUAGAAGCAUUCAAUGAUAAGAACAAAGAGAAAGUGCAGCUAAUCACUAGAUUGAUGGAGCUGGUGAGCGAGAGCGAGCGUAUGAGGCUGAAGAAGCUGGAGGAGCUGAGCAAGAACAUAGAAACAAUACACAUCGCCUAAUGCAGUUUGACCUCUAUCAACACUGAUUUGGAUCUUGUGUGAUAUAUUUUAGAUAAAAGGUCUGUCCUGUUUAAUGUAUUUUGGUGUUUGUUGGGUGUGGUUGUAUUCUAAAGGUUUUUUUAAUUGUGUAUGUUGAUGGAAGGUGUUCUAAUUUUAGGAAGUUUAAUUCCUUAAACAGGUUUGUAACUAAACAAUGUCUGAAAAACUAUGUAUUCUUCUUCCCAGUUAUUUUCUCUCUCUCUUUUGUUUC